GUAUAAUAGUGCAAAUACCAUGGCCACCAUUGGUUCACUGGCCGGAGAAAUCGGAGGGCUGUUGCGUGGAUUCCCACAACUGAUUGCCGAUUUACAAAUUUCCACCUGCCUUUUCUACUUGCUGCGCAAGACAAGAGGUCAAUCGGGAUCCCCGGCAACCCAAAAGGUUGUCAACAAAGUCUCUAUCUAUACGAUCAAUCGUGGUGUUUUAAUCUGUGCUCUGCAAGCAUUGCAGAUCGGCCUGUUCCUGGGAGAUCUCAAGGACGGAACUAUUCGUUCGCUUCUCGUUAGUCUUCCGGCUAGCACAACAUACCUGAACACGAUAUUGACGAUGUACCUUUAUGCACUGCAACGCCAGCGCUCUGCAGACUCACAUUUUACCAGGUUGAAUGCUCGCCACCAUGUCAGUAAGGUAUACAAUCAAAGAGAAUUUCGCUCGAUGCCCCUUGGCGCCAUGCUCACUCAGAUGCGGUCACCGAGCCAUCAAGCUGAGCAAGCUCAGGCGGACAAUGAUCAACAACAACAGAAGAUGGUUCCGUAAGUCAGCGGCGCGCGUAUUUGUAAUGGAG